AUGAGUGAAAAUGGAAAAGUCGCUGUCAAGGAGGAAGUGGAAGAUGAAGAAUAUAUGGAUUCGGAGGUAAAAAUUUCAAAUUUGACUCGGUUUAGUAUUAAUUGAAGAGCUUUAUUCAAAAAAAUCAAAAAAAGUUUGAUUUUUUUGAAUUUUGAUUGAAAAAAAUUCCUAUUUCAAACGGGGCAAAAUUCAUUUUUUUCGCCUUGCUAUUUUUUUCAUUUUUUUAUUUUUCUGAUGGAAGUCAGAGACGAAGAGGAUUUCCCGAUCGAUAUCUGUCUCUCGUCGUCUGCCUAGCGCUUGAGAAAAGCGAAAUAGUGCAUGGUGCGGAGAGAGUAGGAAAGGGCGCCAACAAAAGAGACGCAGACGACGAGAGAUUUUUGCCGCCUGUUGUUGCUCGAAACUCUAAUGCGGACCAAACACGGCGAAAACUAAAAUUGAAACAAAUCAUCUAAAUAAAAAAGUUUUGAUUCGGUACUUUGAUAUAAGACUUCUGAUUAUAAAAAAAAAAUUAAUUUUUGAAUUGGGCAAAAGUGGAGUUUUUUAAAAGUAGGCUAGUCGUAUGUCGUUCGAAAUGACUUGAAAAGCUUGUUUGAAUCAGAAAAAAAAAGUAAAAAAUUUCUAAACUUUUUUGCACACUAUUCGGUUCAGGACCAUCUAGUCGAAAAAUUAAGGGUCCUUUAAGUUUUUUCUAGCUCAAUAAGGGCAUUUCGAAAAAGCUGCUUGUAUUGGAAAGACGCCACAAUUAUGAUCAACAGUUCACAAACGAAUAAAUAGUGAGAGUAAUCAUUUUAAUGAUUUGCUGAAACGUAGCUUCCGCUUGCUUUUGAGCAUUUCAUUUUCGUAUAAAAUUUAUUUUGAGCCUAAUGUUAAAUUUACUAGAAUGCAUAUAGUAGACAUAGUCGGAUUCUUUAGGGACCUUCAAAGGGCGAAAAAAGGGUCCCUUGCGGAGCCCUUUUGUCUCAUUUUUACAUCCAAUAUCGAUUAUUUUUCCUGCCUUUCUGGAGCUUCAAAAAAAUUUGCAAAAAUAAAAGCCAAAAAAUUACUACGACUUGAAAACAUCAAUCUCAUUGCAGUCCGUCAAUGAGCAGCCCCAGACCGGCCUCGAAGCCAAAUUCCUGCCGUUUAUCCUGGCCGAAAAUCGCCAAAGGAUGAAGCCAACGACGGACUUCACACCGAUCUCUCGAAAAAGAGGCGGUGCACAAAAAGGAAGACCUCCCAAAAGGUCUGAAAAUCGAAAAAUGUGGAACAGGUUACACAGUAAAAAUCUUCUGAAAAGUCCUUUUUUUAUAAGAAUUGUCUUUCUCCAUCUUUUCACCUCCUAUGUUUCAGAUCCUAUGUGAAAUUCAAAAAAUGACCGAUUUUUAGACGCCUGAAAGCCAGGGCGGCGAAAAAAAAAAUUUUUUUCGGGGCCAAGGGCCAUUUAAUCUUACAUUAGCUGGGUUACGGUAGCCAGGUCACCUGCGCAUCUAAUAAUAAUCAGCAAAAUAACUAUUUUAAAGCUAUUUUGGCACUUCUCAGGGGCUUUAUUUUUGGAUCCAUAAGUUUUUGAGCCAUUCGGUCUUACUGUAGCCGGGUUACGGUAGCCAGGUCAUCUGCGCAUCUAAAAAAUAUCGGCUAAAUAGAUGCUCGAAAACUUCCCAAAGGGCUUUUUUUUUGGAUCAAUAAGAUUUUGAGUCGUUUUGUAUUACUGUAGCCGGAUUACUGUAGCCAGGUCACCUGCGCAUCUAAUAAGUAUCAGCAAAAUACAGUACCGCUCAAAAGUAUAUUAAGUUUUGGUUUUUUGAGGAUAUCUCAGCGAGUACUCAUCCGAUUUAUAUAUAACUUUCAGGGAUUAUGUAAAAUAUACUUUAAAACAUAUACGGUAUACACAUACAUGUCCGCAGUCACUGCGACGCGUUUUAGAAAUUUUUUUUUGAAUUCAAUUUUUUUUGUUUUUUAUGCUUUUAUUUUUAUUUAUUUUUAUUAAAUGUUUUAAAAGUAAUAAUGUUGGCAUAUGUUUUUUUUCAUGUUUUCAGACAUGAGAAGAACCUCUGGAAAAAAGAAUUUGACUGAUAACGACAAAAGAGCCAUCGUUGUGGGUCGUCAAAAUGGACUGACCAUGAUGGAGUUGGCGGGAAUGUUCGGCGUGACAGAGGCGUGCAUUUCUCAGUUCCUGAAGCGUUGGAAAGCUCGAGAUGGCUCUACUAAGAGCCAACGCACUGGAAGACCACGUUUCAGUGAUCGUAAUGGCGAUAGAAACAUUUUGAAGACGCCUAGAACCAAUCCAAGACUCACCGCCCCUGCGAUCAGACGGGAAGUUUUCUCGAAUUCGCCAUCUCCGCCAUCCGUCUCGACCGUGAAACGACGUCUCAAUGCUGCUGGAAUCAUGGGAAGACGUGCAGUGAAAAAACCGCUGAUUUCUGAAAAGAAUCGAGUCGCCAGGGUGAAGUGGGCGAAGGAGCAUCUCAACUGGACCCGUCAAGACUGGAACAAGAUUCUGUCGUCCGACGAAAGCAAGUUCCUCCUCUUCAAAAGUGACGGAAUUCAGUGA